CCCGGGGCUUCCUCCGCAGCCGACGUGGUCCUGGACCCCGAGACUGCGCACCCCGAGCUCUUCCUGUCCGAGGACCGGAGGAGCGUGCGGCGGGGGCCCUCGCGGCAGAGCCUGCCCGACACCCCCGAGCGGUUCUCCUGCUGGCCCUGCGUGCUGGGCGCCCCCAGCUUCUCCGGGGGCCGGCACUGCUGGGAGGUGGAGGUGGAGGGCGCCAUGGCCUGGUCCGUGGGUGUCUGCGCAGCCGGCGCGGAGCGUAGGGGCGAGGGGCCGCUGGCCCCUGGGAACGGCUUCUGGACCCUGGAGAUGUUCGAGGGCCGGUACCGUGCGCUGGCCUCGCCCGAGAGGGUGCUGCCCCUGAGGGGGCGCCUGCGCCGCGUGGCCGUGUUCCUGGACUACGAGGCCGGGGACGUGUCUUUCUACGACGCGCGGGAGCGCGCGCACCUCUACACCUGCCCGCGCGCGCCCUUCUCGGGGCCCCUGCGCCCCUUCUUCCGCCUGGGCUCUGACGACGGCGCCCUGUCCAUCUGCCCCGCGUUCGCCGGGGCCCGGGGCGUCCCGGUGCCUGAGGGCGGCCUGGUCCUGCACAGGGCGGGGGCCGAGCGCAGCCACCAGUUCCCUGGCCUCGGAGGAGAGUAGGGGAGCCCUGCCCGCCCCUCCUGCCACGCACCCGCUCUGGUCACAUCGGAGACCCCCUUCCGAGGCCCCGCGCCCCAGGCCGUCUCCCCCCUGAGGCGGUUGCUGCAGCAGCUCAUUUGCUGGUCACCAGAGGGCAGGAGCCAGUCCCGGGGACACCAGGGCUCCAGGUGGCCCCCAACCAAAGAAAGUUCUGGGCGAUGACGGGCGGAGAGCCCGCUGCGGUAGCAUCAGGUGACGCUUGUGGCCUUGAACCCGAGUCCACACCAGGCACCGUGGACUCGCCGCGAGGCCAGCAGGUGCCCCAGGACCUGAGAGGACGGAGAGCCACCCUUGGAGGUCAGGGAUGAGGAAGCGGGACGGCGGGCUGGGAGGGCCUGACCCAGGGUCCCAGCACCUGCAGGUCCAGCCCGCCCACCCCCCCGGUUUGCAGCCCACACAGCAAGGCUCCCAGGCUGAAAGGACGAAACAGGUAGACACAGGAUGAAAGACGAGGAUCCGUAGGCAUCGGGCCUGGCUCAGGUGUCCCCGCCAAAAUCGAGGGGGCAGUACCGGUCACGGUCGCGGAGAGUGGCCGGGGAUUAAGGCCCCAGUUGAGCAGGUGGGCAGUGAGCCAGUUCAUCGCAAGGUCGCUGGUUUCCAGCUUCCUGGCCUCGGGAUGCCUUUAUUCACGUAAAAUGACCGAGGCCCCAGAGGGCUUUUGCUCAUUUUUGCUGCUAAUAUUUGCUAUAUUGGACUGAACAGCUUCAAAGAUGUUUGUCGAUCUAUAUUUAUAUGACAGCUGUAAACAGAUUAAGGUUGACAUAAAUAACAUAUUUUUGUGAAAGAUGACUUGUUUGCAAAAUAAAUGCUAGUGAUGUGC